CCAACUAGCAAGUGACUUGAACCCUGGGCAGGGUGAAGCAGUGAUGAGCGAAUGUAGGCGGGAGGCGCUCGUGGAUGAAGCCCUUCAAGCAAUCGACGGCACGAAGCCGCACAUCCUGACAAAACUGCUGAUGAGCAUGGGAUGCUGCAGUAUGGCAGAUAUAGAGGAAAUAGGAGAUGAAGAUACCGAAAGAAAGAACGGCACCGCUGUGACACGCUCAAGGAAACAAGCAGCUAGAGCGGGGGGUGGUGGCGGAGGAGAUGAUGAUUCUGCACCACAUGGUACAACCUCAAGAGAGGCCGCGGUGGGGCUGAUGCAACUGGGUGGUGAAGGUGGAGGAGAGCAGAGAAGAGAACCAUAUGACAACAGCAAUGCAGAUUCUCCACCAACUAUGAAGACACGAACAUCAGGAGAUUGCGAAACGGAGAUGCAAACCAUCCAGACUCAGGCAAUAGGGGAGCGUGAGGUCAACGAGGGAGCAGGUGCACGAGAUGAGGGGUCAGCUGAUGCAGAGGUGGGAGGAAGCAUCACGAAAGGGGGCGCGGUAGGCACAAAGAGGGCGGCUAUGCAUAGACGCCUAAAGCCAAGAAGAGAAAGAAAGAAAGUUCGGUUCCUUGAUGAAAUACCUGAUGGAAACAUGGGAACUGACUGUGGUCAAGCUUAUCCCGCUCUCGACAGUGAAGCUGCCAGGUGGGCAAUGGUGACUGUACCAUCAACAAGUCAGGCAGAGGAAGAACGCUCAGGUAGCCCAGGUCUGGGGGGCAGCAGUGGAAUGAUUGUUGUGCAUGAGAGGAGGGGAACUACUGAAUCAGAUGAUGGACAAGCUUCGAAUGGUAUGAUAGGGGUAACUUUAUUUUGGCAAUUCAUAUGUGGGAGGGGAUGUGGCGAGUAGUAGAGUAAUGUGAUGGUUUGAACGCAGCACACGUGAUUGCGAACCUACACAAUGAUGAGUCCAUGCAAGCUCCGAUACAUCAGAGCACAGCAGCGACUGAAGAACCCGUUGCCCCGGCAAAUAAUUCCAUUGUGGUGCAACCUGGGUUACAGCAAGUGAAGGUUGAGAUGGAAGGUAAGUACCCUGGCGAAUUAGGUCUUCAUCACGAACAGCCUAGAGCAGAGCAUGUCGUUGCUUUCUAUGCACUGUUCAAGAGGUGUGCUGCUGAAGUUCUGCUCGGCAAGAGAUGGUUCAUCCAUGACUACCCAACGUGGAUAAUCCUUACAGGGGAGGAACUAAAGGAGCAGCUAGGUCCGGAUGGAGCUGUUGACGGGCUUGGCAUGUCAGCAAUUUGGAGAGCUGUGAUGUAUGUGGAGAACAAGAUGUACAAGGGAUCAAACGUCAGGUGGCGUGCGAUCCCCAAUCCAAACCUGGCGGUAAAACCCCGAACUACAGGAAGACAAUUCGCUCCAGUUUUUUGAUUGCAAGAUAUGUGAUAUAUGAUAAACUGACGCAGGUUGAAAUUAUGAAAGUAGAGCGCCCGGAUAACAUAGACUUCCAGUAUGUUAGGACGAUGAUAUGCGAGGAAUUUACAGGGUACAACCUACAGUCUGUGCGGCAGCUGCUAAUGCUGGUCCCUCUGCUGGAGACUUGGUCCGUUUAUGCAAUCGACCUCAAGGAAAGAGUUUUGCAGAUCCUGGACCCGACCGAUGCAACAUCG